CACCACCCACUUCGAUGCUUCCCAGGUGCAACACCACAACUGCACCGCCCGCGAAGUAUCAGCUCUGCUCAGUUUCUGUUCUGCUGCUGCUACUCUGCACUCUUCACGCUUUCUUCUUCUCAGCUACUAUUGCAAGCAAUAGCUCCUCCCGCCUGCAGCAGCAACGCGACGCGUUACGCGUGCUUGCUCCAGCUUCUCUACCCCCAGCCGCAGCACCACUCACACCUGCUGCUCACGCACUCACACCUGCUGCUCACGCACUCUUCAGCAUUGCUCCUGGCUAGCAUCCAGCCGCCAUGCAAGAGUACAGGGUCGGCCAGACGGUCGAGACCUCCAAACUCGAGCAAGGCAUCGUCAAGUACAUUGGCCCCAUCCACGUGGCAGAAGGCGUCUGGCUAGGCAUCGAGCUGCCCACGCCUACUGGCAAAAAUGACGGAUCAGUCCGCGGAGAGCGCUACUUCGACUGCCCUCCAGCUCAUGGCCUCUUCGUGAGAGACUCCAACGUUUUACGCAUUGUCUCCCAACCAGCACCCAUACAACCACCUUCCACGCCUACACCAGCAGCCCGAUCAAGGCCGCCGCUAGCCGCACCACGAGCCCGUCCGACAAGCGUUGUCGCGCCAAGAACUGCCCCCAGGGCUUCCACCAUAGCGAACAGGAGGCAGUCGGUCGCCCCUUCCACGUCAGCUUCAUCAUCUGCUGCACUCCGCCCAGCCAUCCGCAAAACCAGCAUUACCGGCUCAGUAACGUCGGCCUCUGAAUCAUCUAGCAGACCGGCACAGUCUAGCUCUAGACCUAGCUUAUCAUCAUCCACAACUACACCCAGUACCUUGAGGUCAUCUAGGGACACCAAUGUCGAAACUCUACACACAAAAAUUAGACAUCUUGAGACGCAGCACUCGGAAGACCAGGAGCGGCUUAGGGAGUACAAUCAAAUCAAGGACGAACGAGAUCGAUUCCACACUAUCCUCCAAAAACUGCAAACAAAAUGUCAAACACAGCAUCAAGAUGCCGUGGAACUCAAAGAACAACACAGGCAGCUCCAGUCCGAGUACGACCAGCUCGCUAGAAAUGAGCAGGAGCACGAGACGGACAUCGAACUUGCCACCCUCGAUAAAGAAAUGGCAGAAGAACGCACUGAGCAAGCAGAGGCUGAGAUUGAGUCUCUUCGCAAACGCCUCGAGGAACGUGAUCUGGAACUCGAGAUACUUCGGGAGGAGGCCGAGCUCUUCACAACCAGCAUGUCUGAGGACGAGAAGGAGGAGGCGGGCUACUAUCGUCUACAGCAUGAGAAUGACCGCUUGCGGCAAGCAUUGAUCCUCCUGAAGGAAGUCAAGGAGGAAGUCGAGCUGGACAACAAGGCCCGCAUCUCGGAAUUGGAGGGAGAUGUCGAGCGACUGGAAGUCCUCGAACAAGAGCAACUGUUAUUGCAAGAAGGCAUCACCAAAUCAGAUGCUAUCAUCGAAGAUCUCCGAGAGCAGCUGAAUGCCGCUAACGAUUGGGAGGAUAUCAUUGGGGAACUAUCUGCUCAGAACCAAGAGUUCAAGGAAGCCAUUGCAGAGAAAGAUAUGGUUAUUCGAGAUCUCGAAAAUUUGAAGGAUCUGAACGACGAACUCGAGCUACAACACAUCGAAGAGGCUGAAGAUUUGCGCGCGGAGCUCGUCGCUAAGGACCACGAGCUCGCAGAGCAGAACGCACGCUUGUCGGAACAAGCCAAUACCAUCAUCGACCACGAGGACAUCAUCACAAAGUUCCGAACGCUCAUCAUUGAGCUACAGGCCAAGAUGGUCGAUGCAGAAUCGUCCAAGUUGAUGACACAAGCCCAGGUAAAGGACACCACUGGCCGAUUCAACGAGGUCAUGGACCUGAACCGACGACUGCGCGCGGCAACAGUCCAAGCCACAACAAAGGAGAUCACCGCCGAACUCAAAGACCUAUCCGCGGACGAAGCGCUUGAGAAACUUGAGAUCUGGGUUGAAACAGGAUCUAAGGAGUUUGGCAAGGGCGAUUCUCUUCAAGCAUACUUUACUUCCAAGAGGAUUGCCUUCAAGUGUCAGCUUUUGCGCAAGCUUCUUGUUAGCACUGACCGCGAAAUGGGCCAUGGAGGCAGGCUGGAGGACGCUAUGUCGAGGCUGUUCUGCUCAAAAGCCAUCAGCCAUCUCGGUGUUCUCAAGAACGGUAGCGAGCAGCUUUGGUUCGCCGUGACCGUCUUGCCGCUGCCACAAUUCGGAAAGUUUGGCUCGGCCUACCCGGAAUUGCUUACUAUUGAACGGGCUCUCGACCUAGGUCUCAAUGGGCUGAAGGUAGACGAGGUCGAUUUUGCUGAGCUCGCUGGGUCCUUUGGUCGUUCCACCAAGAUCCAGGAAGCUGUUCUCGUUACCCACCAGGAGACUUUAGCAGCAAGGCCAGAAGACGAGCUCCUAUUCCGUGUCAAGUCAAUCUCGUGUCGCCUGGAGCACAUCACUGCCGUUUUCGAUGUAGUCUUCUACGCACUCCAUCGGGUCGGGGAUAGCAUCCACGACCAAUGUCAGCGUACCCUAGAGCACCUCAGAGAGCCAUCAGAGCACGUCAAGGCCGGGUAUGCGGCUGCCGAAAAACUGCUACGGACAUUGCAGGCGCGGAGAGAUGAUGGCAUGUACCCUGUGUUCCCUCUAGGCCUCGAUGCUGUUAUUCAGCAGGAUGAUGAGCUGGCUCAAGCUGUUGAGGCCCUUACAACGUUCGCCGAUCAGUUGAUCAGUCAGGUCGCCAAGUACUCCAGCCUUGAAGAUCCCAAGUUGGAGGAUAUAGAGCGCACAACAGCCAUGAUUCAUCAGAUCGACCUCUCGCACAUAAGCCCCUUCUACGACAAUGGUCUUCACAGCCUCUACAUUCAACUCGGUCGUUGGACAGAUCUCGCCUCCGUCCUCAUGAACAACAUUGAAAUCGAGCGCCCUAUCGCGCCUUGGACACAGAAGGCUCAUGAAGUGGAAGCGGCAGAGAGGAAGAAGGAGGAGGCUGCUACACAGUUGCAGACUCUCACAGCGGAACAUCGCGCCACAAUCUUGAAGAUCCAUGAGCGCGAACAAGCCAUCGCGACGAAAGAGCUCGAAAUCGAGCAUCUAGUUGCGAAGAAUCGGGACGCUGCAGCCAAGGUCGAGGACGUCGAGGCUCUACAAGCCGAGCUCGCAAGGCGCCAUGAUAAGAUCAUGGAACUUGAAGCGCAGCGCAGAGCUCAGAUGGUGGAAAUUGAAGCGCUGAGUGAGCGCGCUGCCCGCUCCGAUCAUAUUGAAACGAACGAGACCGAGCCCAGUACAUCGAAUGCCACCGCUAGGGUCGAGCCUGUCGAGCAGUCGUCAGGACAGCGAAGUGCUCCAGCCACAUACGUCGCAAUGCUUGCCGCUUUGCGAAAUGACAACCGCUGGUUGCGUCGACGCCAGCAUUCGGACAUAUUCCACCGCAAUCUUCAGGAUAUCUUCGCCAGUAUGCAGUUUGCACGAGACCUGGGACAGGAGAAUGCGGCUCGUGCUCCAAGUGUUGAGGAGCAGAUACUCGACGUGGCUUGUUUGAGCGAUGAUGGUUCUGAGGAAUCGGAUACACCCGUGAGGGCCUCCCGGCCUACCCAAGACGAGGUAGGACAUAAGGUGUCUGCCUUGGCACUUACGCCGGUUAGCUUGGGGCAUAAGAUGUCCUGGGAGGAGUCUGAGGAUGGCAUGCUGUCGAUUAUUGAUGAGGAGGAUGAGUGGGUCUUGGAGCAUUUUUAGCGUAGCGUGGGGCACCUGGAGGGCGUUUUAUUGUGUUUUUACAUUUUGAUAGCCCAGUGAAGCAGUCCUAGCUUCACUAAGGGUUCGGCGUUUUGUUUGUUUUUGGCAUAGCCUGGAGCACUUUGAGGCGUUUUAAAAGUCGCUUUACAUUUGGACAGCCCUGUGAAGCCAUGCAGGCUUCACUAUGGGUUCGGCGUUUGAACUUUUGCACUAUACCCUGGGGGCACUCGUUUGUAGCAUGAAUAGCAUUUACUAUCACAACCAGGUGCACUUGUCCUUGAACCAGCAUG